CAAACAAGAACAGUGUUGUAAAUUGUAACCCUUAUAAGUCUCCCACCGCCCUUCUUUAAGGUUACGUUUCUGUCCCUCUCCUAGGUGAAACCUAACAUUCCCAUUCCCAAAAUGCCAGGGAGAAAUGCAGUUCACGGGACCUGUAAGCUGAAUUGUAAACAUAAUUCACAAUGUAUGGAUCUGCCAGGUCACUGGUUGCCAUGGUUUCAGCCAAGCACGUCAGCAACCUUUACGACAGAAGGUCAGUCAGAGGAGAAAGCUACGAUUGGCAGAGGUACCCUCUCUGACAGGACCUCACAAAAAAAUGUGACUCUCGUCUUCCUCCAACACUCUGGGCGAUCUCUCCAACAUUCCUUCCUGUUUGUCGUCAUGGUGCCAGCAGGACAGCUCGGCUAUAUAAGGUCCUCCUCUCCCGAGUCCUGAGCCACAACGACAAAGAGAUCACAACCUUCUGCUACGCCACAGCCAGAGAGGAGGGAAGAUUCAACCCUGAACCAAAGGACUCAGCUCAGCUGCAACAACUGGAAAAUCUUUUAGACCGGAGAUCAUUUUGAUCCUGAAGAUGACCAAUCUGUCAGAGAGAGCUCUUUUUGUCUUCUUCACAGCUCAGGUGUUCACACUCGCCUGGUCCCAGGGGUGUCCUCGCAGAUGCCAGUGCCCAAAGGAGCCCCCCAUGUGUCUCCCCGGGGUGCCCUUGAUCCUGGAUGACUGCGCCUGCUGCCUGGUGUGUGCCCGUCAGAAAGGUCAGGUGUGCUCUGAAAUGAACCCCUGUGACACACGUAAAGGGCUGCAAUGUGAAUACGGGACAGACAUCCGCAAGAGGACUGGCAUCUGUAUGGCUCAUGAGGGAACCGUUUGCGUUUUGGAUGGUUCCGUCUAUCAGAACGGCCAGGUCUUCUUCCCCAGCUGCAAGUACCAAUGCAUGUGCCGCGAUGGGCAGAUUGGCUGCGUGCCUCGCUGCACCGUGGAUGUGAUGCUGCCCGGGCCCGACUGCCCCGUGCCACGCCGGGUCCAGGUGCCCGGAGAGUGCUGCGAGAAGUGGGUGUGCGAGCCCCAGGCUGAGGCCAGUGCGCUGGGUGGUUUUGCCAUGGCGGCCUAUCGUCAGGAGGAAACUGUCAGAUUUGACAAUUACGACGCCAGCCUGAACUGCAUUGAGCAGACCACAGAGUGGGGCGCCUGCUCUCAAACCUGCGGCAUGGGGGUGUCCACGAGGGUCACCAAUAAGAACCGUCGGUGUGAGAUGGUGAAGCAGAGCCGACUGUGUAUGAUCAGACCCUGUGACGACCAGCAGGACCAGACGCUACUGACACAGCUCGCACCAAAGAGAGGCAGUAAGUGCCAGAGGAUGGUGAGGAGUGACACUGCCGUCCACCUCUCCUAUAAGAACUGCACCAGCGUCCAUGCCUACAACCCUCGCUACUGCGGCUCCUGCACAGACGGCCGCUGCUGCACCCCCCACAGAACCAAGACCGCCCUGGUGGACUUCCGGUGUACCAAUGGCAAAACCACCAAGAGGCCGGUGAUGGUGAUCCUGACCUGCGCCUGUCACAGCCACUGCCCCCGAGACAACGCUGUGUGGCCGCCAUCCGAGCUGGGAUACAGCGGCAUGAGGUUCUAGGUCAUCAAGCUACUCUGAGAUAAUAAGAGGGUCGCAAUGAACAGGAAGUCAAGAUUGUAUCUGAUUGUAAUUCUAAAACCAGUAAUUUUGAGUUGCACGGAUUCUAAAUAUUAGAUUUAAAAAUGACUGUAGAAUACACCCACUUCAAUAGUCAGACAACUGUGCAAUCAAUUAUAUCUGCUUAUAAUGGGCAGAAACAGAUUCAUUAAAUGAGAGUCCCCUUUUAUGGUUGUGAUGACAGAGAACUGAAUAGUUCUGUAUCACACUCUUCUCAAAAGGGGUUUAAUUGUGUAACAUCCUGUGGACAAAUAAGUGUCAUGUUCACUUAAGUAGAAUUGAAGCACUUAAACCUUGAGGAGAUCAGGUAGCAUAUACCACCAGCUGCUCCCAGCAGACAUCGGUUGUUCGUGGGUGUUCUUACGUAUGUGGAGGAAACGGCCUUUGUUCAUGAGGUCAAAUAGUCACAGGGUAGUGUAGACAUGCACGGGAGUCUUGGUGGCUUAAAGCCCUCCAAUCAGAUGGUUUGAUUAAGAGUUGGGUUGGUCAAUCAGACAUGAUUAAGAGUAUUUUAGACAAAGAACAUGAAACUACAGUGUGUUUUGUUCCGCCUAAAUUAUAUGCACCCUCCCGAAUAAAGUAUAACACAACUUAAAACCCAAUACAGAGAACAGCCACAUCCUAUGACCUUCUCAACUGAUAGAUUAGAAAGAGCAGAGAAAGGGAAGUUAAGGUUUAUAGGGCGAGCUGUUACCAUGGAAAUGCUUUGACUCUGGGUCGCAUUUUUGAAAUAACUGGACUAGGUACUUUGACCUGGGCUCAACCUUUGAAAGAGAGCUCACUGUGGUGACUUAGUGUCAUUUCUAGCAUCUUCCUGCCCCCCAUUGUAAAAUGCAUAAUGUCUAUAUGUUCCCGCCAAUAAAUGCAAAUCUAUGUUUUUAUGGUUUAGAAGGAAGACUAUAUACUGUUUUUUUGAUUGUUUUUGUUUUGGGUUUUUUUGUUAAUUAUAGCGCAAGUAAACAUUGGCUAUUUUAAGAUGACAAAAGUUCUGUAAAUACUUGCUGUAUAGCUUGUGUCACUGAGUGUGUAUCAAAUACACAGCUUUAAUUGGUAACAGUGUAAACAUGAAUUGUAUAUAUUGGUAUGUCGUUUUGCUUACUACUUCAGUUAUACUUCACACUGCUUGUUCCUGUAUUGAUCUGAACAAUACUGCAAAAAUCAGCAAUU